ACAAUCCAUCUGCUUAUGUUUUAUAAUUUUGAACGGUUUGAAUUAUUUCGCAGUCUUAAGUUUAUAUUUUUAGAGAAUUUUCAUCUGAAACUCGCCUACUGCUUUAGUGAAUUAGAUGAAUCAAGUUGAACCGCAGAUAUGGCAGAGUAGAACCGGUGGUUUGCGAAAAUAAUAAGUUGCAAGGGUGUCAUCCGAAAACUUCAUCGCUAUCGCUAAUGUAAUUAAAGGUUUCAUGACUACUGCGGCAUCAGUAAGCUCUGUGUAUCGCACCGUACUGAUCUUACUCGGAUCACUGCCAUUGCUGAUUUUGGCGGAUUGCGGUUGCAACAACCUCAAGCGAAACAGCGAAGAUGAAGGCACGCCCACCGAUCGGGUGAUUUUUCCGGGUCGGGAAAAACGUCAACGUAACACUGCUGAUGACAGUUUGUCUGGGAUGCUGCAAACGAUGAGUUUGAUUCCUGGUGGGAAGUAUUACGUUGGCACAAACGAACCAUUUUUCCCUUCCGACCGAGAAGGCCCCGAACGGGAAGAAACAGUGGAAAAUUUCUAUAUAGAUCGGUAUGAAGUGUCCAAUGGCCUAUUCAAGGAGUUCGCCGAUGAAACAAAUUAUGUUACCGAAGGUGAGCGUUUCGGAGACAGCUUCGUCUUUCAAGGUUUUUUAGAUGCUGCCACGAGAAAAGAGUACCAUGAUUAUCGUGUUGCUGCUGCUCCGUGGUGGUACAAGGUUAAGGGCGCCAACUGGCGUUACCCCGAAGGAGAUAUCACAAAAGGUAUCAAGCAUCGUCUCGACCACCCGGUCGUGCACGUGUCCUGGAACGAUGCCGUAGCGUUCUGCAAAUGGCAGGGUAAACGUCUUCCCUCAGAAACCGAAUGGGAAGUGGCCUGCCGUGGUGGACGAAAGCGAAAGCUCUUUCCAUGGGGAAACAAAUUGCUGCCUAAGAAUGAACACUACAUGAAUAUUUGGCAGGGCGAAUUUCCAGGGCAAAAUGCGGCUGAAGAUGGCUUCGACGGCACGUGCCCUGUUGAUCGGUUCCCACAGAACUCGUUCAAUCUGUUCAACAUCGUAGGCAACGUUUGGGAGUGGACUGCGGAUCUGUGGGACGAACGGGAUGAUUCGAAACCUCCCAAUCGGGUCAAAAAGGGGGGAUCUUAUCUGUGUCAUGAAUCGUACUGCUACCGGUACCGAUGUGCGGCAAGGUCGCAGAACACGGAAGACAGUUCAGCUGGAAAUUUAGGCUUUCGCUGUGCUAUGGACGCGAAAUGAGCUCCACGCUGCGGCGUGUAACUGUUAAUCGUGCUAAUUAGGGCAAAUUCUGUUAUAUAUAUAUUUAUUG